AUGGACGCAUUCAUAAAGAGGACAAAAGUCGGCUCCGCUCGUCAGCAAGCGCCCCAUGGUGCAACUUGUGCAGCUACGCCAGCAUCUCCUGAACGGCCAGCCAAGCGGUUAAAGCGAGUUGAGAUUGCUGACAGCGAUGACGACAAUGAUGGCGGCGAGGAGGAUGACCUAGGUCACAUCCCGCGGCCAACAUCGCCUGCAGCACGACCACCCCAGAAUCGGGGCCGGCUUUCAGCACCUGACUUGUCUCGAGAAGGGUCUCCUGAGACCGAUGUCGAUGAUCGACCACAUCAGCCGACCGCGAUUGAGAGUUCCCUGCCAGCCAUCCUCUCUGACGAAGAAGCCAUAGAGCAAUAUGAGUCGUUCAAAGCCUCGCAGUCAGAGGCUGGUACUGAUGAGGCAGAGACAGCUGCGGCGAGGCUCGAUUCACGAAAAUGGAUCCGAGGCAAGAGCUCAUUAUAUGUGGACGCAUUCAACCUCGCGCUAGACACUGUGUUGGAUGAGGAAUCUCAUCUGUUCAAUUCCCGCGAAUGUGCAGUCUUUGAGAAGUGGAGGGCCCUGCCGUACGAAAGUCAAUUCUUAUAUGUUCGACUCUUCCUGAGGAAGAAUGCGCAGUGGCAUCGCACAGCAAAGCUUAGCUAUCAUUCGGACAUUCAAGACGUAGAAGCUGCCGUGCUGGACCUACAGCAGACUCGAGAUUUGCCGCCAACCGACGACGGUGAGGCCGGCGAAAACGGCUCGCUUUCUGUUGACUAUGUCGAUGAGCAGACCAGCCUCGCAGAUGCUUUUGCCUUUGCAGACACAUCGGAUGAUUGCAUUACUACCGUGGAAGAAGCUGUCUCUCUUCUCAGCCUCGACGAGAUCAAAGCGUUUGCCAAGGAGGCCAAGGUUCAAGGUAAGAACAAGGGUGAUAUUGCAAAGUCAAUAUGUCGAAACAGCCGGCAGCAGUCCGGGUUGUUCUCUGUUGGUCUCCGAAGGUCAAGCACUCUGGACUCCACCACAUCUCUCGACACUCCCACGCCCGAAACAGGCUCACCAGCUCCCGACGGUCCGGAUGACUCGAAUCGGAACAGGCAUUUUCUUGAGAAGAUCUUGGCAAUUACCGGGCCGUGUAUCAGAUUGUCACUCCCCGUCUUCAAACUCUUCGAAAGGGUUCAUCUCGUCUUCUAUCGAUCGACGGAGUGGACAGACAAGUCUUUGACCGCCAUCAUUCUGGCCAAGAUAUCCCGCCGCAAUUUUCCCAACUACAUUGUUAGCCGCUCUGCCAAUAUCUUUGCUUCGCGGACACAGCUACUGGAAUUCGAGACCUCGAUGCGGACGGAGUUCGCCAUUGACAAUAUUCUCGAGUUCAACGGACCAGUCAGGGAGGCCGACUUCCGCCGGGUCAUUGAAAUCUUUGAAAAGAUCUAUCCAAGGUGGCAAGCACUGCUGGUGGAAGAGCAGCUGAAGGAAGAUCGAGUGUAUGAAUCUGGCGAGGGUGCGUAUCUACGCCGACUGAACCCUGGUCAUUCAUACACCAGAAUUGUGCACAAGGCCGCGCACACUUUUGGUCGGCUCAAGGAACACAAGCGCGAGCACGAGCUGCUAUCGCAACUUCUCGAGCAACGGCUUUUCCACCUCGCCCGCCGUGGCGCGUGGUACCAACGCAAAGCGCUUCUUGAAGAGCAUUACAUGUUCGCGCUUGAGGAGAAUCCCUCGAUCACAAACGUUGAGCUUCAGAAGAAGCACUGGAAGCGAAUCGCUAUUACUACUUGUGAGAUUGCACUUGAGGAUCGGGAUUGUCACCUGAUCUACCAUUACGAUAUUCAGAAGAGAAUAGUCAAGCUCGAGAAACAGCUCAGAGUCCCGAAGCGUCUUCAGCAUGAUUUCGGCCACGUCCGGUUGAAACAACCCGAAGAGCACUAUGUCCAUGGCACGCAACUCAAGAAGGACGACAUUACUGGCAAAAAUGGGCGUGGUCCAAGCACGAAGACGAUCUGGAUUGACGAGGCUGAAGGUGGCGGCGAGUGCAGUGUGGAAGCCAUGUGCCUGAGCGACUACAGAGCCCAAGGAUGGAAGGGCUAUCAUGCCGAGGGGGGUAUCGUGCGAACACUUUUUGCAUACCUGUUCUUCGACAUCCUCUUCAUCUACAUUCCCAAUGUCUUUCAGACUGCAUAUCAGACUUGUCCUUUGGACCUGCAUACAGAUGCCUUCUUCCCGACGCGGAGCUCCGAGAUCAAUCAUCGGCUCGUCGAGAUCGCCAACGGACAGGCCGCUCGGCUUAUUCAGGCAGUAGAUGAGCGAGAACGCGAAAGACGAACUUGCGUGGUUGGUUUGAACUGGGACUACGAGCUGGGAGACUUGCUUGAGCUUGCGAAUUGCUUCAACGGAGCUGCCCUUGCCACGAUUUGCAAAGUCAUGGCUCAAGAAUAUGGGCAGAGAGGUGGCGGGAUCCCAGACCUUGUCCUGUGGAAAACAGAACCUGAAAGGGAGGUCAUGUUCUCAGAGGUGAAGAGUGCCAACGACAGGUUGAGCGACACCCAGCGACUUUGGAUACACGUCUUGACAGGGGCUGGGAUCCGAGUAGCCCUGUGCAACGCCAUCGCGGAUGAAGUGCGCGAGGCUUAG